AUGGCCUCAUUACGACACCGGCGGGAGGACAGGACGGAUUCGUGUCCAUCGACGGGAGGAAAACCUACUUCGACCUCAUUCCUACGGCCACUCAGGCUCAGGGACUCACGCAGCAAACCAUCGGCACGGGCGUCGGCGUCGUCGUGCCCGAGGAGGACCUCCCUCCGACGGGCAACGACAGUCCCUUCCUGCGCCCGACGGCCCCCCUCGCACGCCCGUCGGGGACGCCCAACAGACCGCCCCCGUCGACCACGCCCACCGCACCGACGCGCCCCAAACCUGCUCCUCCCAGGAAGGCCUAUACGCGUAGGCCUACUCAGCCACCCAUCAGAAUCGACACGUGCAUCGUGGGCGACGACAGCACCUGCCAGGAACAGCUGAGCGAGGUGUGCAGGACGGAGGACGGCGUCUCCAGCUGUUACUGCCGGGGCACUGACAGGAAGAGGCCGCGAACACCGUGCAAGAGAAUGGUGUCCCUGAAGAUGGCGCUGAAGGUGGACCUCGUGGGGCAGCAGAGGAUCGUGUGGGGCGGCAGGUACAACGACCCCGAGUCCGAAGAGUACAGGAGGCUCGAGUGGGAGGCCACGCACGCGAUCGACAGCGCCCUCAGCAAGACCCAGAUGUCGUCCGCCUACCUGAGCAACACCGUGCACAAGUUCUACUCCCUGGGCGGCAAGGUGAUCGUCAACGCCACCGUCAACCUGGAGAGCACGCCCGCCACCCGCGCCCGCACCAUCCGGCAGGCGCUGCAGCGGCAGGUGAUCCAGGUGAUCCAGAGCCACGGGAACAAGAUCGGGGAGUCGGCGCUGUGGGUGGACGGGCCGCUCAACCCCGUGCCGGAGGUGGCCGACAUUAAUGAAUGCAAUGAUCCCAAACUCCACGACUGCCACAGCGAUGCCACCUGCGUUAAUGAGUUUGGCUCCUUCACCUGCCGAUGCCUACCUGGCUAUACGGACAGAUACGUGGACGACCCGAUGGAGGUGGGGAGGCACUGCGAGUCCUGCUCCUCCGACUUCUGCAACAAGCGAGGGGAAUGCCGCAUCGAGGACGGGGAGAAAGUCUGCCAGUGCAAGGGCUCCUACUACGGCGCCCGCUGCGAGAUCGACGGCGAGGUGCUCGGGGUGGCCGUCGGGGCGUCAGUGGCGGCCGUCAUCAUCAUCAUCCUCACGCUCAUCUUCCUGUGCAUGUGGAGCCGAAGAUGGAAGGCCCAGGACGCCAAGACGGAGGUCCUCGCCCGAGGCGCCGCCGCAGGAACGCUUUACGGGGGAGGGUUCGCCGUCAACGUGCAGAACAAGGGCAUGGCGAACACGGGUCCUGCGGGUCAGUACGGGGUCACGCUGGAGGACAGGAUGCGGUGGGCGCACAUCGCGGAGACGCUCACCAACCAGAACAUCUACGCGCCCCAGAGCUCAGAGCAGGGCGGCAGCAGCAGCAACGAGUACCUGGCCGCCGGCGCCGUCCCCGCCACGGUCAACACCAACCCGUUCUCUAUGUAUAACCGCGUCACUCGCGCCCUGUCCAACUCGACCCUCGGCCGCAGGAGCGAGGGCAUCCUGGGGCGCCUGAGGAAGCUGGUAGGAGGCGGUGGCUCCUCCGCCGCCAAGAAGAACGGCGCCGGCAUCCCCCCCUUCAUGAUGGCCGCGCAGCCGGGGACGCUCAACUUCCAGCAGCUGUUGGCUCUCCACGCCCAGCUCUCGGCUCAACCCGAGCAGCUGAGGGGCAUGGCCGGACCCUCCGCGUCGCAGACCAACACCACGACGCCGAGUAACCUGUACACGCAUCAGAGACAGAUGGCCGCGGCUUCAUCUUCGGGAUACGCAUCCUUGGGGACUCUGGGAUCGGCCGCGGCGGGUCAGUUCGGCCAGCAGUACGCACCCGAACAGUUCGGUCUGCACCAGCUCAAUCCUGUCAAUCUGAUGGCCACGAUGCAACACCAGCAACAGCAGCAGCAGAUGCACCAGCAGCAGCACCACCAGCAAAAGCAUUCUUACAUGAAUCAAAAACAGCAGCCGUUCGGAAGUCAGUCGGUCUACGGGCAGUUCGGACCCGCUUCGCUCAACACGCUUUCCCACGGAGGCGUUUCGCGCGCACCGACCCUCGGCGCCCGCACGCCCAUCCCCCUACACGAGGGCGUGGGAGGGGCCGCCACCAUAGGACCCAUGGGCGGAGCCAGCGUCGCCACCACGGCGGGGAUGGGCGGCAUGGAGAGCUCCGAGGACGAACUCGAUCGGCCGUACCAGCUGCCGAGGCCGAAGUCCCGAGGAUCUCUUGGGGAGUCCAGCGACAUAUACUAUGAACCAGACGACCUUUUACGGACCAUAGGACCUCCUGACAGACCUCCUCCUCCUGUCCCGACCUCGUACCACCCACAGACUUACAAUUUCUCGUUCUUACACUGACUUAGAGAACCCGAGAGACUGGUGUACUAGUCUGUUUGAAUAUGACGACUGCUGUUUUUUUAAUUAUGGUUAUUAUUGUUAUCACUGCUGGGUAUUUAUCUGUUUGUGCUAUUUGUCUGAGGAGGAAAGCUCCUGGAUUUUAUACCAUUUGCUUUGAUAAUUCUUUUUAUGAUUUUUUUUUUGUGGGAUUUUGUUAUGGUGUCAAAACUGGUUUGACAUAGUUCUUGAUUUUUUUAGAGUAAUUACUCCAUGUCUACCUUUGUGCUUAUACUGAAAAGCACCAUACCCAAAUGACCUCAUAUGACUUACCUUUGACCCAGUGGACAGUUGUUCGAGUUCAGUGGCGAUAAUACAAGCACAAUGACAAUGACAAUUAAUCUGUUAUGUAUUAGGUACCAGACAUUUUGCUAGCAGACGAGACUCACCCUUACCCCCUUCCUCCUUAAACGAAAUAGGGAGGGGGUAACGACCUCUAUAACCACAUAACAAAAACCAUACGAUCGACCUAGCAAUUCUUCAGCACGUCUGUCUGCCAAGUUGUCUGUGUACUGCUCGUCUGGAGCUCCUGAUAGAUUUAUUUUUUCUGUUUUAAUCGAUUUAUGAUUUGCUGUUGCUAUAAGGGAAGAACUUCUGCACACAACCUGAAUGAAAAGCUAGAAAGAAAUGAAGGACAGUGUGCCUAAGGAACAGAUUUCAGUUGUUCUGAAAGCAAUACAACCAAACUGUUGGUUCUGUGAUACUAACGAUACUUCCAUAUACGAAUAGGCAUCGGGAAAUCAACUUUUUUUUAUAUAUUAGGUUUUCUGAGUACUCACGAUACCCCAGUGAUGUGCCACGACGAUUCGAACGAGCGGCCUUCUUGUCACUCCAGCCAACGACUGUGAAAAACGACCGAGUGAAAAGAAGACGACAAGAAAAACACGUUAAAUUGCAUCUUCAUGUGAUCACAUUUUUUCUUUGGUUUUGUUAUCAUUUAUACUCACCGAUAUUAUUAUGCUGAUAUUAUUAUCACACUAAGCUUUAAAGUCUGAUGUAGACCAAGCUUAGCAGAUUUAUGAUAUUUAAAGCGUCAAGUGGAUGUCUCUAUUUAUGUUACAUGUAUGUUUUAGUCUCUUGCUCUAUUUAUCUAUGUAUUUAUUUAUGUACAUAAAUGUUUUAGUCCUAAUGAUGCUCAUUUUUCUUUUUAACCGAUAAUUCCCCUUUGUCAUAAAAAAUGUGAGUCUUAUAAGUUAUCUUUCAUCUUGUUGACAACUGUUGACGAUCUGAAGCCAAAAUCAUUCAGUUUAAAUAUCUGAUGAAAUGAACAAACCAAAACAGUAUUAUAUUUGACUCGCAUGGCAGGGCUGUGUGUUUGGACAGAGCGCUUACCUGUUUUAUUGAUAGAUAUUGUUACAAUUGGCUGUUUUCAUGUUGCAUCCCAUGCUGUCUCCUUUGAUACAAAGGCAGUCAUUCUGUUUUGGAAUAGGAGGACCUUCACUGUGCUCCGUGCUGGAUGCGUGUAUAUCCAUACAGACAUACAAUUGUGUAGGUAUAUGUGUACCUAUAUUUUAUAUAUGUAUUUGUUACUUGUAAAAUACUAUGUACUUAGUUUCCCACCCUCCCUCCCUGUCGAUACACAAGAUACGUACACCCUUUCUGUACCCAAAAAUAAUAAAAAUAAAAAGAUAAAGAUCACCUUUCCCAAUACGAGCACAAAAUUAAAGAUAUUUCUUUUAAUGAAGUCAUAAUAGUUUGGCAUUUGACGUCGAAGCUGAAUGACAGACGCUCGUGUUUCGAUAUCGUCUACGGUGUACCAUCUAAGACCUCCCGUUAGGUCUCGUUGGUAUGCAUAUAUAGUCUAUGGACUUGCCAGUGAUAUGUAAUAAUACACAAAAAUGGUUCUU